AUGAAUUCCACCAAACAGAGACAGUAUGUUCAUCUUUCGCAGCAACUGAAACUACUGAAUAAGAACUUGGAAAAGACUACGAGUGAAUUACAGGUGAUGUCCUCUCAAUGUAACAAGAACAUUGUUGGCCAAAUAGGUAAAAUCCAUUCCAGUUGGUUCAUUGCAAGUAACAGAUAUUUCGAGAAGGAAAUGUUAGGAGAAGGUAAAUAG